ACUAACUUAGAUGCGUUCCGUAAUUGAUCAUCUGUGCUAUACGCGAUUAGUUGCACGGUUAUUUCUGUUUAUUUCUGUUUACCACUAAAUUAGAAAUAUAAGAGACAUGAGAUGUUUAUUAGAAUACAAUGAAAUACUUUUAAGUUCUACUAGUUCGGAAAGUGAUGAGGAUUUAAUAGAUGUAAUUAAUAUUAUUGAUGAAAAUGAAAAUUGUCCCAGAAGGAAAAAUCCAAGAGUGCAAAAUUUUAUAGAAAAUGUUAUUUAUGAGUACAAUGAUACAGAAUUUCGUGAAAAUUUCCGGUAUGUAAAUAGAACUACUUUGUAUAACAUAAUAAGUACAACAAAAGAAGAGUUAGAAGGAGAGAGCAAUUUGGGAAACGUGACCAUUCCAGCAGAAAAGCAAUUAUAUAUAGCUUUAUAUGUGUUAGGAAUACCAGAUUCUUAUAGGUCUAUAGUCACAAAAUUCGACGUAGGCAAAGCAACGGCUUGGCGAGCAGUGCAAAGAGUUGUGCACGUUCUUUGCAACUAUAGAAAUCAUUUUAUUAGAUGGCCAAAUGAAAGAGAAGCAAAUGAAUGCAGUCGAGUUUUACAAAUGCAAUAUGGUUUUCCUGGAGUUAUUGGAGCUUUAGAUGGAACACACAUUAAUAUAUCAACUCCAGCCCAAGAUUCUCAAUCUUAUAUAAAUUGGAAGGGAAAGCACUCUAUACAAUUGCAGGUGGUAUGCAAUCAUAAACUGCAAUUUGUGCACUGUUAUACUGGUCUUCCUGGAUCUGUGCAUGAUAUGAGGGUGUUCAAAUAUUCAGGAUUACAACAAAGAUGCAAUGACAACUACUUUCAAAACAAUACUCAUAUCAUUGCAGAUUCGGCUUAUACAUUGUAAAAGCGUAUGGUGCCAUAUAGGGAUAACGGCCAUCUAACUAAUGAACAGAAGCGUUAUAAUCAUAUAUUAUCUAGUACUAGAAUGAUAAUAGAAAGAGCAAUCGGUCUAUUAAAAGGACGAUGGAGAUGUCUUUUAGACAAGUUACCUAUGCGGAGGACGGAUCAGAUUCCAUUAUAUAUAAUUAGCUGUUGCAUUUUGCACAACAUAUGUUUGCUGCAAGAUGAUGAUUUUGAAUAUCCAAUAAUCAUCGAUGAUGAUAUUAACGCAGAUCCAGACCCAAUAAUAAUAAAUCAAUUGUUAUUGAACGAAGGAUCACGUAAAAGAGAGAACAUAAAGAAUAGGUUUAACACUUAGUUUGUAUUAACGAUAAAAAUGUAAUGAUAAUAUAGCAAUAACUUGUUUUUGUUUAAAAUACUGUAAUAUCGAAUAUACAUAUAUUAU